AUGGCUGCUAUAACAUCCCUUGGCCUGCACAAACCUUCAGCCUUCGGGUACCUGGUUGCGGAGUCAAUACUUCCAGCAGAUGCGCCUGAAGAUACCUAUACCUGGCGAUGCUACAAUUCAGAAAAUGCAACCGGCGGGAUAAUUGAAGAAGAACUUCUCUACACAGACAAAUGUGUAGUCUGGUCGCGCGGCGGGAUCGUGAAGAGGUCCUUUAAUUUUGAUGUGGAAGGUGAGAGCAUCGUGGAGGCUCUCUUUACCUAUUUUCCAGCAGGCAAGUCAAAUGCUGUGAAGCGGACUGGAGCUGGGUUAGAAAAUGAUUUAACGGCCCAGACCGGCGACCAGGGACAGACGGCCGCUUCUCUCAAAAGCAAGCACCAAGGCCGUUUGAAUGGGAAGAUACGCAAGAGGGUGAUCAUCCAGGACCAAAAGGAUUCUAGCAGCAUUCCGGGACUUGGUGUCCUUGAAAAUGAAAAUAAUUCUGAGUCUUCUAGAGCGCUAGUCGUAGUGCUAAAGUCACAAGUUCACAUAUUCUUCAUUUCUGGUGAUAGCCAUGUCAUUCCACUGCCGUUUGAGCUUGACUCAAUAUGGCCGACCCCAAACGGACUACUAUUCCAACGGAAAUUGCCUGAAAAACAUGAUAUACCAGUACCAUCUGCUCCUCCGAAUUCUUUCGUUUCUUCCCAACCUAUGCAUCCCACGUCAAGACAUUCUGCUGCAUCAUUUAGACUCUCCAGCGGGACGGGAAACCGGCCAUUGCUAACUCUUUCUCCAUCGCACCCUUCAAAAUUUCUUCUUAAGACUGAAAAAGAUGACUCUGCACCGCGAGUAUUCUCUCUCCUUGACCCUCACUCGGAAAUGGGACUCGUGGCAGUCACUUCCUCCCCACAUGAUGAUGAACUACACAAGCGAGCUGACAUUUUAAGCCCAACUGAGGAGCUGCUUUAUGUAUCCCCUACUAGUGAAGUUUCAUUGGGAGUGUCUGCAAAAGGCGCCCCUCCUCUGAUCUUACUGGUUACGUUAAACCCGAAAUCAGGGAUGCACAACAUAUGGGUUGCUAGGUAUCGACCCAGGGAAUCCCCUAUAUCUCGGCAGAAUCAGCGGCGGAAAUCAUCCGGCACUCGCUCAAAACGGCGAAGCUCCCACUUUGAUGUCACCGGAACCUCAACACCUGUUGGCCCAGGGCCAUCAAGUUUCCGGGAAAGUUUUGGGCCAGGCCAGGGGCGGAACGCAUCUCAACAGCAUAAUCUCGAGGCCAAACAGGAGGGAGCUACAGACCUUGCUUCACACCUUGGACAGGAGUUUGAAGACGUUGGUGUAACGUCUAAAGCGUCGAGGAGAGUGAGCUCUCUGCUCGCCCGUAGUGACUUAAUGGCAAACAAUGAUAGAUCUACAUUCUCUGAUCUGGCGGGACACCAACUCAAAUCCUCCUUCCACGGUGGCUCCCGAAGGGGGGAAUCAUUUGGAGGUACCGGCCUUCGCCUCAGUCAAAGCUUUAACCGAAGGGGCUCCCUCCCACCGGGAACCGCAUCUCUCUACAGCAACGGCAGCAGCUUUCUUGAUGCGCCCGUUGAUAAACUCCUGGAAAGUUUAAACAAUGGCGGCGAUUUCGACGGGUUUGAAAGUAUGGGAAUUAAAGAAACUGUGUCCAACCUCCCCCGUGAGGUUAUCCUAUCGAAAGUAGGAAGUGUGCCGUCAGGAAUUGUAUCAACCAAUGCUCUUCCGUACAGUCAGAAAACCUGUCCGUUCGAAGUCUUUACCCUGACUUCAUCUGAUGAGUCUACACUAAAGGACCCCGAAUCAACGCCCCUAGCAGUCUGCAUCCUCAAUCGAAACUCGAAGGAAUUGAUCGUUGUAACUCUAAGCGCUCAGUAUUUAAGGUCUCAACCCCGCCAAUAUGAAAGAGACAAUGAUAUCCCAACAUAUAAAGUUCGCGCAUUGAAUGUUCGCCACGGUUCCAACGUUCUCGACUGCUGCAAAUUGGUGGACAAAGGCGUUUCUCGAAUGCUUGUGCUUUCUUCUACUAGUGAUUGUCGAGGAGAACUAACUCUCCAGGCCCCCUGGAGCACAUUAGUAAGGGUAGAGCUCCCAGAUAGUAUGGUUCUACAUGAGCCGUCCAAUAUAUCCCUGGAGCUAACCCCUUCAAAUCUCCGUGAAGAGGGACUUAGAAGAGUGUUAUGCAAGACUCCUUUGAAUAUGCAUCGUCUCAGCCAACCAACUGCAGGUGGAAAAGUAGACAUUAUGGAUGAACAGAAUAGAAAACACAGAGUGCAGAUCCAGCUUCAGCCUUUCAACUCUCUUGUGAAGCGGAUACUCUCUCUUUGUCGAUAUGUUUUACGGCACUCCGAGAAAGCCGGUGAUGGGGUCCAUAUCGGGUGGUGGCAAGCCCUCAAAUGGCUUCGUGCAAGAGAUGUAAGGGAGGAAAAUUUGGAGUGGACCGCUCUGGUAGUAAUUCUCUUCUCAAUGGCCGUCUAUUUCAUCGAUGAUAUCGCUAUCGACACUAAAGUUAUACCAAAGAGGAAAAGGAGAGGGGGCCUAAUGCGAUCCAGCACCGGAAGCUCAAUUGACUUGACGGAUUGGCACAGCAUGGUUGAACAGGAAUCGGGCUCAGCAGGAAUUUGCGCGCCGUGGAUGACAACCGCCGCCUGGGACUGGAUACGAGAAGAAAACGCCAAAACUCCAAUUGAAGGGGCCCAGAAUUACCGGCCAGUUGACAACAGUAAAGCAGAAAAUCAAUCAAACGACAAAAACACAUAUAUUACCCGGUGCUCACAGCUUGCCCGAGAUUUCCUUUCUUCACCACAGGGUGAAGCAGCUACUGGUGGAGAUGGAUAUCUCCCCAUUGCUAUUUCACGAGACCAAGGUACACGAAGAACUGCCCUUGGUACAAUUCUAGUAGGGCUGCACCUCCUUCGCGAGGAGCUUAAGCUAUCGGUUGCCAACACUGAUAACUCCCGUUCUGAAAAAGGGCUCUUACUUCCUAUUCUUGCUCAGAUGGGAGGAUGGUUGGGUUGGGAUUCCUGGACCUGGAAAGAGGGUAGCUACUAUAGCACAGAAACUGCAGGUAUUGACGGAUGGGCAUUCGAAGAUACUCACAUUACUGGGCUAGAUAUGCCCACAGAGCCUUUCACACCUCCAUCUAUUUUCACCUUCAUUGAGAAUACCUUCCAGCGCACUCCUUCUACCUUCCUUACGCUAAUGGAUGUCGUAUCUAGCUCUACCAUCACACCUGGAAGUGAUGGCAUCAGCACUCCUUUACACGAAGCCAUUUUUAACUGUCAGGGGGAUCCGCCACUAUCCUGGGGUCCGUCACUACUUGAGCUUGUGGAUAGGGAAGACUUGUUUCUUUCUACGUCUAGCGAGACUCCCCAGCUCCUAGCGUCUCGUUCUCAGUUCAUUCAGCCCCAUGAUGCCCAUAGGGAUGUCCGCAGUAUUGGGAAUUCAGUGCUUGACAGUAGCUCAACUAAUUCAUUCGAGAUUUCAGCGGAGGCCGACCGUCACUCGAUCACUAAGCUGAUAUUUCGUGAUGAUAGGCGCUACUUCGAAGCCGCAAGGAUUCUCAAUCAGAUGAAAGCUCCAACUGCUGAAUGUGUACCAGAGCCUGACUGGUCGGAGUCCGACCUUUUGGAAGCACAAAAAGAACUUGUCCAACUAGUAACAUUAAGAACAUUGUCCAUUCCUGCAGGGCGAGCUAUGCUUUGUUUCGACGGGCGCGUGCCUUUACUCACUGAAAAGCUACCAAUUCCAUCGUUCUCGCUACAAUGUGUUAUGAAACCGUCAAACGUUACGAUCAGUGCUGAUAGAUCAGCAUUCGUGGAAGAAAAAGCAUGUUGGGCUUUUUUCCAUAACGGUGUAUCCACUGGGUUGGCAAUCUCAAGAUGUGCCAAAGGGAUUGACACCUCAUGGAUACUAUAUAAUAAACCUAACGAGCUCACUAACAGACAUGCUGGAUUUUUACUGGCAUUGGGGCUCAACGGGCAUUUGAAAACCCUUGCUAAAUGGGUAGCUUUCAAGUACUUGACCCCUAAGCAUACCAUGACCUCCAUUGGCCUACUUCUCGGAUUAUCCGUAUCCUAUCUAGGAACAAUGGAUACCCUGAUUACUCGCCUUCUUUCUGUUCAUGUUACCCGGAUGUUACCACCAGGCGCAGCAGAGCUCAAUCUAUCUCCCUUGACGCAGACCACCGGUAUAAUGGGCAUAGGACUCCUCUACUGCAAUUCCCAACAUCGCCGCAUGAGUGAAGUGAUGCUUUCCGAAAUCGAACACAUGGAAGAAGAAGAGACUUCACUUUCCCAGGAGCCUUUGCGAUAUGAAGGAUACCGACUCGCUGCCGGGUUUGCGCUAGGAUUUGUUAACUUGGGAAAAGGAGGCGACCUGCGAGGUCUUCAAGACAUGCGAAUUGUGGAGAGAUUGCUGGCCUUAGCAGUGGGUACGAAAGAGGUCAAUUUAGUCCACAUUCUUGACAAAGCAGCAGCAGGAGCCACAGUUGCAAUAGCAAUAAUAUUUAUGAAGACGAAUGAUAAAGCUCUAGCUCAGAAGGUUGAUAUACCGGAUACCGAAGUCCAAUUUGACUAUGUUCGCCCUGAUAUAUUCCUUCUUCGAACACUGGCAAGACAUCUUAUCAUGUGGGAUUCCAUAAAAGCGAGCCAGAAAUGGAUACAGAAGAGCCUCCCGUCAUUUUACCGGCGUAAGUAUCGUUUAUCCGCUAUUAGACGAUUAUCUACCGAUGACAUGCCCUACUACAACAUUGUCGCUGGGCUUUGUUUUGCUUUGGGUCUUCGAUUUGCCGGAUCAGGGUCCAUAGAAGUACGAGAUCUUCUGGUGGCACAUCUUGACCAGUUCAUAAGGAUUUGCCGCAUCUCGGCCUUGAAUUAUGACGCCAAAUUAACACAGAACUCCGUACGAAACUGUCAAGACAUUGUUGCACUCUCGGCUGCAGCAGUCAUGGCUGGAUCUGGUGAUCUAGUGACGCUCCGCCGGUUACGCUCAUUGCAUGGGCGCGUUGAUGCCGAUACACACUACGGAAGCCACAUGUCAACCCACAUGGCUCUGGGCAUGCUCUUCUUGGGCGGAGGUACAUAUACCCUUAGUACCUCCAAUAUUGCUGUUGCCUCCCUUCUCUGCUCAUUAUACCCAAUUUUCCCGACCAGCGUACUAGAUAACAACUGUCACCUCCAGGCAUUUCGUCAUCUAUGGGUUUUAGCGGCUGAACCUCGGUGUUUGGUACCGAGGGAUAUCGAUACACGGCGACCUGUCACGAUUCCGGUGUCGUUGACGCUUAGUACAGGAGAGGUGAGGUCAGCUACGGCCCCUUGUCUUCUUCCUGAGUUGGAUGAGGUAUCCUCGAUCAAAAUCGCCAGUGCCGAUCACUGGACCAUCACGCUGGACUUUGCUAGUAAUGAAAGCUUAAGAAACAAGUUCCGGGACGGAGACCAAUCAGUCUACCUGCGAAGACGAGCGAACCAUAAUGAUUCGGAGCGGUCAGUGUUCUCUACCACCCUUGCUGGGCUUAGCGAUGCCCAGGACAUACCUCCACCAGCAGCAAUCCCGAGGAACACACGACCUUUCUACGCAAUGCCCCCUACAAGUCUCCAUGCUUCCUUACAGCCCAGUGAGAAGGGACCUGGCCAAGCUCGCAUGCCGCCUCGCCACAUCUGGGAUUUUAUAUUCGAUCUCCCUGCGUUUUCAUCUCUGGAUAUGUCCGAGCGGAUGGCUGUACUUCCACAAAUUCCAUUCCAUGAAUCUCUGAAACUACACCCUAAUGGAAAGAAGCGAAGUAGGGCGAGUCCACCAUCUUGGUUGCGCCCAACAUCUGUCGAUACAAGGCUCGUUCUCAACAGGACUAUGCGUAGCCUCGUUUCAGCUGCGACCAGCCACGGAGCGAGUGAAGAGGUGGUUCGAGAUCGGCUCUGGCAGCUGCGGCUAAUCUUUGCAUGGAUGGACAGUGCAAAGAAUAGCAGUAGUGAUGACGGUGGGAGUGGUGGCCAGGACAAGGACGGCGUUUCUGUGUCGAGGAGCAGAUGGCUCAAGCAAGAAGUCAUCGAGGACGCCCGAUGGAACAUCUGGAGGAUACAGUCGGGAGACACCAGCGUUUUAGAUGUAGAAUAA